GUAAAUCCAUACAAGGGAGGAUAAUCGAGAUAUUUUAUGUCACGAUGUUUGUGACCUCUCUGUUACAAGUGGGCACAAUGUGGGCACAACAUUUUCAAUUUUGUGAGUACUCUACUUGAAAUCAUCAAAUAUAACAUUCAAGUAUUUUCGUAGAACUCGUUUGGAUAAACAUUAAUUAUAUGAUUUUAUCAACAUACAAAUCAUCUCUAAAUAUACAACUACAGAUGAAGGAGAAGGGUGCGAUGCCAUUUCAUCUCAGAGUUUGGACCAAAUAACAAUGUUUGCGAAAACUAUUCUAAAGUUGGUGUUUCGGAUUGUGUUCGUGUUGCUUUGUGUCACGAACACCAGCCAAUUGUUGUUUGAAGAACCUGGAGUCAUCCACAGAGAAAUGCCAUUUUGCAAGCACAUACGUGGCAAUAAUGCGUGCGCAGUUUAUGGCGGAACUCUGAUCAUAACAUGUGAGAUCACUCUACAUUACCCUGGAGACAGUGAUGCAUCUAAAAUAUUUUUCCAGUAUCAAUCGGCAGAAUCAGAAAUGUCAACAUAUCCGGAUAAUUUCACAAAAGUUCUUUCAAACAUAACAGCGCAGCUGCGGGUUCCAAUCAUGCCAUACUUUAACUUGAGCAAUCCUGAAGAUGGACACUGUCAUCAUUUCUGCAUGAUCAGAGAAGAAAAUGGGACAAAUGUGACACUUGCAGAAAAACUAACCAUCGUUGGGCGUUUUCCAGCUAAACCACAUAGUAUCCAGUGUGAAUGGAUCAACUGGGAGUACCUUGACUGCACCUGGCAGCCUGCUUCUUUUAAAAGUAAAGCAGUGUAUACAUAUGUCACAGCAUCGUUGAAAACAUG